AUGGAGACUGCCAAGCAAGCCGUUAACUACGUCGCUGAGACCAUCCAGGGUACUGGUGCUGAGGCUUCCAAGGAGGCCAACAAGAACGUCGCCAAGAGCAGCGAUGCCAACGUCUCUACCCGCGCCAGCGCUGCCAAGGACGCACUCGUCGACAAGAAGGACGAGGUUUCCCACAACACCAAGGCUGAUGUCCACAAGGAGGCUGCCAAGAACUAA